AUGGAUCAAUCCCCCGCAGUGCGUUCUGAAUAUCUGGUCUCAGGGAUCCGAACUCCUCCUGUCCGAAGGAAUAGCAAACUAGCCACGUUGGGCAGGAUUUUCAAACCAUGGAAGUGGAGGAAAAAGAAGAAUGAGAAACUGAAGCAAUCGUCUACAGUGUUAGAGAAGAAGACAUCCACAAGGCAAGGCCGGGACGAGCUAAUUAAGAAAGGCCUCCUGGAAAUUAUGGAACAAGAUUCUGAAGGGAAAACAUGCACUGCUGAUGGUGCCACCAGAACAAUGCUGAGUGACCCUUCAUCCCCCCCAUGCCAGGCAUUCACCUCAGAAGAGAGGCAACAGGAACAUAGAUCAGCCACCACCAAGGCCACCUCACUUGGCGAGGAGCUGCACUCAGAAGAACUGAGAGAAGAUCCAGCCAAGAAGACAUCAGCAUCCACCGAUGAUCGGGAAAAUGCCAGCCUGCCAGCCUCUGAAGAGACUCCACAAGCCUUACUACUUUUGGGAUCCAUCGAUUCCCCCCACAAACAGAUGGAAAGGAACACAGCCCAGGUCCCUAACCCUCCUUCCUCACUUUCAGUUCCACCACCUAAGAUUGUACCCAAAGUCUCAAAGAUUGUACCAGGACAAGCUGUUCCUUUCCAGUCCUCAGGACCGAAAGUCUCUGAUCCCCACCUCAGAGGGCAGCAUUCCACGCCAACUGGAUCCCCUCACCUGGCUGCUGUCCACCUACCUUUACCUCCUAGCCGAGUCAUCGAGGAACUUCACAGAGCCUUGGCCACGAAACAUCGGCAGGACAGCUUUCAUGGGAGAGAAAACAAGGCAUCUCCUAAAAAACGAAUGGAGAUCCGCUUGUCCAGAACAUCCAGCACUGAACACAGCAAAGAGAAGGAUGGUUCCAUGAGCUACAACAGCGAUCCAGAAAACAAAUGGAAUUCUGUUAAGGAGUCGGAUGAGAACAAAGAAAAUCUGAUCAUGGAUUCUGAAAUCAAGGGUGAUUCCAUUUUCUAUGAGGAUGAAGAAGUUUUGAAUGAUUCCAUAAUUUCUGGUACGUUGCCAAGAAAAUGCAAGAAAGAACUUCUGGCAGUGAAACUGCGGAACAGGCCAAGCAAACAGGAGUUGGAAGACAGGAACAUUUUCCCAAGAAGGACUGACGAAGAGAGGCAGGAGAUCCGGCAACAAAUAGAAAUGAAGUUAUCCAA